AUGUCGUCUUCCAAAAGUACCUUAUCAGAUCUCGAAUCAAAGCUUCAGGCGGUAUAUAGUCAUGCUGAUAAUAUGCUUGAAAUUAGGAUGAAACAAGGACAUCGAAACCAAAAUAGACAAUCGAUAACACUUACGCCGUCAAAGGAAGAAUCAGAACAUUUGCAAAAUUUAAGGACUCAAUUCAAUGAGAUAUGUGAUGAAUUGUACAUGAACUUGCAAAUUUCAAAAGAAGUUCUUGAAAGAGAAUGCGGACAGCAGUAG